GAUACUUAGUAUUAUAGAUAAAACGACCUGUGAAAAUGUAGGAAAACAUAUUGUUUUUCUAGAAAAGAAAGGAGGGAAAAGAAAAUACAAUUUCUACGUAACAAAGAAAGAAUUACAGAGAGAGAGAGAGAAAGAAUGUUAUUCUGUUGAAAAGGUAAAACAUGGUAACGGAUACAAAAUUAUAUACAAAAAAAAAAAGUUAUUUAUUUUUUCCAAAUGCAUUUCAUUUUUCCCAAUUUAGAUUCCAACCAACGCUCCUCCACGGCGCCAUAUCAAACAGGAGAAUAUAAUAAAUAAUAACAGAAGGAAAAAAAAAAAUUGCGAUCUAUUCGAUUAGACCCGAAAUAAGAAAACAGAUCUUUGACCAUGAGCUCAGACACAUACGGUGGAGAAUUGCCAGCGCAGGGAUCGAGCGGGAAGGCGAGUUCGACAUCAUCAGCGGACAAGCAAAAGGAGAAGGCGAGAGUGAGCAGGACUUCGUUGAUCUUGUGGCAUGCUCAUCAGAACGACGCCGGCGCUGUACGCAAGCUUCUUGAGGAAGAUCGGUCUUUGGUCCACGCUAGGGACUACGACAACCGUACGCCUCUCCACGUUGCUUCACUUCACGGCUGGAUUGACGUUAGCAAGUGCCUCCUUGAUUGUGGCGCCGAUGUCAACGCCCAAGAUCGCUGGAAGAAUACGCCUUUAGCUGAUGCAGAAGGAUCUAAGAAACAUAAUAUGAUCGAGCUAUUAAAAUCAUAUGGUGGAUUAUCUUACGGCCAAAAUGGAAGCCAUUUCGAACCAAAGCCAGUUCCACCCCCUCUACCAAACAAGUGUGACUGGGAAAUUGACCCUUCUGAGCUGGACUUCUCAAAUUCAAAUAUCAUAGGGAAGGGGUCAUUUGGUGAGAUUUUAAAGGCCAGUUGGCGAGGAACGCCUGUAGCUGUCAAACGGAUUCUUCCAUCACUUUUAGAUGACAGAUUGGUGAUUCAGGAUUUCCGGCACGAAGUGAAUUUGCUUGUAAAGCUCCGCCAUCCUAAUAUAGUUCAAUUCCUUGGAGCUGUCACUGAGAGAAAGCCUCUUAUGUUAAUUACUGAGUAUUUAAGAGGGGGUGAUCUUCACCAGUAUCUCAAGGAAAAGGGUGCACUUCAUCCAUCCACAGCCAUCAACUUUGCAUUGGACAUUGCUAGGGGUAUGGCUUAUCUUCACAAUGAGCCAAAUGUCAUUAUUCAUCGAGACCUAAAACCCAGGAAUGUGCUUUUGGUCAACUCCAGUGCAGACCAUUUGAAAGUUGGAGACUUUGGACUGAGCAAGCUCAUCAAGGUUCAAAAUUCUCAUGAUAUCUACAAAAUGACUGGCGAGACAGGGAGUUAUCGUUAUAUGGCUCCUGAAGUUUUCAAGCACCGGAAAUAUGAUAAAAAGGUUGAUGUUUUCUCCUUCGCUAUGAUACUUUAUGAGAUGCUUGAAGGAGAACCACCAUUCUCAAAUUAUGAGCCUUAUGAAGCAGCUAAGUACGUUGCAGAAGAACACCGGCCUUUUUUUCGUUCAAAAUUAUACCUCCCCGAACUGAGAGACUUAACAGACAAGUGUUGGGCUGCUGACGCUAACCAAAGACCUUCUUUCUUGGAUAUUCUCAAGAGGCUUGAAAAGAUCAAGGAAAAUGUACUUACAGAUCACCAUUGGAAUAUAUUCAAUGCAUGAUAUUCAAGAUUUUAUGUAGAUGAUAUAAAUCCUGUUUCCCUCCCGUCGUCUCCGGCCCGCCCAUUUGUGACAACGGUAUUUUGAAUAGACUCACUAAUCACCUCGUGAUAGAUGCUGCCAUGACACGAUUUCCUCUAUUCUUGCCAAAUUCAAUCUUGAAAUUAGAUGUCUGCUUUUCAACUGUUAUUAUAUUUUAAUACAAGUAAAUCUAGGCCACGCAGAUUGACAUAUAUAAAAUGUUUCCUCAUCUUACAGAGCUUUAUUUUUCAUCCUUCAAUUGUAAUCCCUUGAAGUCACUAUUGAUUAUGAAGAGCAAUAACAGGCAAAGCAAAUUCUUGUGUUCUAUUAGUGUCUGUUUGGAAAUGGUUGGACAAAGUCGUGAAGUCUUUAGGCUGAAUUUCUUGUAAACAAUGAAGCUUUCUCAUUAUCAUUUGUCCAUUCAUUCGACUUUUAUAUUCUAAGCUUUGCAUUUUGAUUGGGGAAUUUCGUUUUUUUUUUUUUUUUU